CAGGUUCAGGUAUAAAUAGCCGACGUUUCUCUGCCGUAGCACUCACUUCUGCUACAGAUCUCCACCAUGAAGCUCUUUCUGCUCUGUGUCCUGCUGGGGGCAGCUGCUGCCUUUGAUGAUGAUAAGAUCAUUGGAGGUGCCACCUGUGCCAGGAACUCUGUGCCCUACAUCGUCUCCCUGAACUCUGGCUACCAUUUCUGUGGGGGGUCCCUGAUCUCCAACCAGUGGGUUGUGUCUGCCGCUCACUGCUACAAGGCGAGCAUCCAGGUCAGGCUGGGGGAACACAACAUCGCUCUCAGUGAGGGAACCGAGCAGUUUAUCAGCUCUUCCAAGGUCAUUAGACAUUCUGGCUACAACUCCCGGACCCUGGACAAUGAUAUCAUGCUGAUCAAGCUCUCCUCUGCUGCCUCCCUCAAUGCUGCCGUCAAUGCCGUGGCACUGCCCUCUGGUUGUGCCGCCGCUGGUACCAGCUGCCUGAUCUCUGGCUGGGGCAACACCCUCAGCAGUGGCAGCAACUACCCCGACCUCCUGCAGUGCCUGUAUGCCCCAAUCCUGACUGAUGCCCAGUGUAACAAUGCCUACCCUGGGGAGAUCACCAAUAACAUGAUCUGUCUUGGCUACCUGGAAGGCGGCAAGGAUUCCUGCCAGGGUGACUCUGGUGGCCCCGUGGUGUGCAAUGGGCAACUGCAGGGAGUGGUGUCCUGGGGCUAUGGCUGUGCCCAGAGGAACUACCCCGGAGUCUACACCAAGGUCUGCAACUACAACUCCUGGAUCCAGAGCACCAUUGCUGCCAACUAAUCCUUUUACUGUUUGGAAACUCUCGUUUUGUUUCUGUUUCUGUGGAACAAAUAGAACUUGCAAAUAAAUAUUUUAUUUAUAUAA